GCCAAAAGGAAACAAACUAAAAGUCAAAAAGAAAUAAAACUACUUAACAUGACUAAACAUUAAUUCCUUCAUAAGUUCCAUUUUCAUUUUUUUAAUAUCUUCCAUUGUCUCAACGUUAAGUCUCACUCGCUUUAAUUUUUCUCUCAUCUUCUUUAAUUCGAAAGCCAUGAAGAGACACUCAUCAUCAUCAUCUUCAGCAUCGUCACCUGAUGCAAAAAUCAGAAAGCUACACCAUCCUAUCAUGGACGAUGAUUGUAUCAGCAAACUCCCAAACGAUCUAUUACGAAAGAUCCUUUCAAAAUUGUCCACUGAAGAAGCGGUGAAGACAAUUCUUCUAUCACCACUAUGGAUGGAUUUGUGGAAGUGGAGACCUCAUUUCGUUUUGGAUAUGAAAAGGAUCUUGGAUAAAACCCCCACCGAACUUUGGAACAAAGUUUCCGCUCAGUUGGCUAGUUCAAUGGACAAGACUUUCGACAAACACCGCGGCGACCUAGAGAGCUGCAUUAUCACAUCCCGAUGUCAUGAUGGUACGCUUAGAAAUUGGAUCCUACUUGCGACUCGUGUGAAACACACUAAAAGUCUCACACUAAACAACAUUCAUGGUCGUAAGAGACGUUUCCGAGGAACUCGUAUGCUCCACGUGUCCUCACAAAUAUUCUCCCAUCAUAGCCUCACUUCACUGUCACUUAGUGGAUACAGUCUACUAAGUAAACGUCCCUUCAAUAAUUGUGGGAAUCUCAAGACACUCAAGCUUUUAAACGUGGUCUUCGUUCGAGUUUGUACCCUUAGCAGCGUUUUGGCAGCUUGUUCUUCCCUCGAGGUGAUUGUGUUGCAAAUCGGUUUCUUAACCGGGAUUGAUGUGUUGAAGAUCGAGAACAAAAAUUUGAAGUUCUUGCAAAUGACUUUCCCUUGCUAUGUUGAGAGGAUCGAAGUGAAUGCACCCUGUCUAGAUGUUCUAGACAUAAGGGAAAUCAAAUGUGAGAGCAAGAAUAACUUCAUCCUCACUGCUCCUAUCAACCAGUUUAACAGAAACCGUUGGGUUUCUAGGUGUGUUUAUCGUCCUCACAUCAGCUAUAAUGUAUCAGAACUUGCUCAGGAGACAAAAAACAUCUGGCAUGAGCUCCUGAUGAGUGACUUUCAUGGUAUGACGACAAGGCAUGGAACUUUAUCGGUGAGUGUAGACAUAACUAAUCCUAAAGAAGUGGAGAUAUUGAAGGAACUUUUGCUUAUGUGGACUACUUACACAAUGAUAGAGCUUGAGAUCUUGUUCAAGACCAACGAUGCUUCUAGAGAAGAAGAAGGUGAAUGUUAUAGUGACGGCAUAGCACAUGAGAAGUUGUGGGAGGAUGCAACACCGUUCCCUAACGCUGGUUUUCGCGUUAAUAGCGUGUGGAUGUAUAACUUCAAUGGUUCGAGUAAGGAAGAGUUUGCGUUUGCUUCACGUUUUGUGAUGCAAAAGACAGUGAUGAUGAAGAUGAUGAUCCAGACCUCGUCGUAUCCACCGACGAAGAAGUCAGAGGUAGAAGCAGCUGUGGCAAAGCUAAUGGAACUUCCUAAAGGUAACGAAGAUCUUAGUAUUGAGUGCUUUUGAUGAAAGUUUGGUUCCAG